GCUGAGCUGAUCCCACGUGUGACGAUUCCAUUCCCGGCUCAGUAAUAUUCUCAUAGCAGGGCUUUGCAUAGCUUUUGCCGUGUCUGUGUGUGUCUGUUACUGUAGUUACUGCCUAUAGUUUGGUUAGCUAUGGAAGGAGAUGGGAGUCAAGCCACAUCUGGAAGCCCAAAUGAUUCACAACAUGACCCGGGUAAAAUGUUUAUCGGUGGCCUCAGCUGGCAAACCUCACCAGACAGCCUUAGAGACUAUUUUAGCAAAUUCGGAGAAAUAAGAGAAUGUAUGGUGAUGAGAGACCCCACGACAAAACGUUCCAGAGGAUUUGGGUUCGUUACGUUUGCAGAUGCUGCCAGUGUAGAUAAAGUCUUAGCUCAACCACACCACGAAUUAGACUCAAAGACGAUUGAUCCUAAGGUUGCCUUCCCCCGACGCGCUCAACCUAAGAUGGUCACAAGAACAAAGAAAAUAUUUGUGGGCGGAUUGUCAGCCAACACAGUAGUGGAAGAUGUGAAGCAAUAUUUUGAACAGUUUGGGAAGGUAGAAGACGCCAUGCUCAUGUUUGAUAAAACUACUAACAGACAUAGAGGAUUCGGCUUUGUAACUUUCGAGGGCGAAGACGUCGUAGAGAAAGUCUGUGAAAUUCAUUUUCAUGAAAUCAAUAAUAAAAUGGUAGAAUGUAAGAAGGCCCAGCCCAAGGAGGUGAUGUUCCCACCAGGCACGCGAGGGAGGGCCAGGGGCCUGCCCUACACCAUGGACGCCUUCAUGCUGGGGAUGGGCAUGCUGAGUGAGUAUGGACCAACACUACUCCAGCACAGUCCAGCACACUACUCAGUCCCACACGGUUACCCUAACAUUGUGGCGACGUACGGCCGUGGAUACACUGGAUUCGCCCCGAGCUACAGCUACCAGUUCCCUGGCUUCCCGGCGACGGCGUACGGACCGGUGGCAGCGGCAGCGGUGGCGGCAGCGCGUGGCUCAGGUAGGGGGGCCCGUGGAAGAGGCGGCUACAUGGCGUACCCGCAGAACGCAGGGCCAGGCUUUCCCGAUUACGGGUUUUACUCUGCGCCCAGUGACCAGAGGGGGGCACCCUGCUCCUUUGCGGACUAUGGCUCCCUGGGGCCCCAGGCGGCUCAGAUGCUGCACAGUGAGCAUGCCACCUCCGCCUGCAACUCCCCCCUCCAGCACCUGCACAGCCCGGAUCAGUUUAAGAGCCCAGGGGGAAACCCACCUCGGCCUGGAGGCUUCCCUGGUGCCAACAGCCCUGGGCCUGUAGCCGACCUGUACGGCCCUGGAGGCCAGGACUCCAAUGUGGGCAACUACAUCAGUGCUGCUAGCCCCCAGCCUGGCUCUGGCUUUGGCCACAGCAUCGCAGGCCCGUUGAUUGCGACAGCUUUUACAAAUGGAUACCAUUGAACAGGUGGUUGGUUGCCAUCUCAUUGGAGCAGAGUCUAUCUGGUGGUCCAGGGAAGACAGGCCGAAGCUUCUAAUUAGCUCUGUGUAUAGGUGAUGUCAUCUAACUUCAAGCACUACAGCAUCACCCAGCAGAAAUGAGAGGAGGUGGAACCACAAAAAAAAGGAGUUAAAAUCAUCUCAGAAAAAAAUUAACUGCUGUACCAUAAUCCAAACCCGUAACCUGACAACCUGGUUUGGUCUGAUGUUUCAUGUUGAUUUCAUUAACUUUUUUUCCUUUUAUUAGUUGUUUGAUUAGCUUUAGAGAGAGGCAUUUUAGUUUCGUCUUAAUUAUUUGUCAUUUUUUGAUUUUGUCUUCUAGUGUACUCAUGUAAAUGGAUUUUGCUUCUCUCUUCGGGGGUCAUAGUUGAGAAUGUUCGCAAGUCAUGCCUACACCUUUGGUACCAAUAAUUUAAACAAAAAAGAUCAGAGCUUCAGGUGUCUUUUUACACACAAAAUAAAUCCAAAGUGGAAAAAAACAUCAAUUACAUUUCAAAUUAAAUAUUCGAGCGUAACUAACUAAUACAUCUUAGUAGCUGUUUUUAAUGUCUCAUUGUUAACCAUAAUUACCUAUUUUUGGGCAAUACAAAGAGGACUCCAAUAUUUUUAUGGUCCUUUUUUAUAAGUGUUGUUUUUGUUGUUUAGAAAAAAACAUGUAUACUAUAAACAAUUUCAUAUAAAUACAUUGUGAAUUCAAGAUUUAAGAAAAAUAAAUGUAACUGUAAAUAUUAUUCCAGUCAUUGCAUAACCAACUUGAUGAGAGGAUAGCAUAUUUUUGUGAUGGUGUGUCAAAUAAAUGUAAUAGCGUGUGAAUAGAAAAAAAGCUCUAAACAAAUACAAUUAUCCUUUACUGCUCGGAGACAGUGACUACCCUAGUGUCGGACAGAAUAUAUUUGAACACUGAUUGGCUUGCUCUGUAAAUACUCAAGCUGAAUAACUUUACAAGUGUCAUACCAGCAAAUUUACAAAAGGUGAGUUCAGUGCACAGUAUUGGUAUCUUUUGUCUAACCAACUGUUAUUUAAAAUAUCAAUAUUAUUUCAAAAAGAGUGAAUUUAAUCCAAAGCACACUGUAUUUAGUGUUGAAGAAUAGAACUCGAGCCUAAGCAUUUUACAGUGCUCUGCGCAUCCUGACACUUUUAUACUCCUGAGAGAAAAACUCAACUUGUUUGUGGUUUGUUGUUGUUUGUUUCCUCCUGCUUGUUCCUCUUAAGUUUGGGACGCAGUAUCUGGACUCUUUGUUGUAGAGCCAGUAUAAUGCUUGUUCUCUACAUCAGUUGUCUUUUCAAUGAAUUAGGAAGGCAAACAUUUUGAUACCAUACCUCAGUCCUGUGAGUUAUACCUUGGAAUCGUUGACAGGUUUAAUUUAUUUUAGUGGCAAAUAGAUUAAAACAUUGAAUGGAAAAAAUAAUAAAUCAUUGCACUGUGAGCAGUAAAGAAAGAACAGGCCAUUUCCUAUUUGCACAUGUAUAUGUUGGCUAUUUAAAAUGGUUGUGUCUUUGGGGUGAAUUAUGAAGGAUUGUUGGAUGUUGCUCCUCUAGAAUAGGCAUACACAGAGGUGAAUAAACAGAUUGGCAAAUCGCAAUUAACUGAUUAAUUACUACCAAUGUUUUGUGGUCAUGUCUUUGGAUUUCAUUGUAUGGUGUAAAUCAACUUUAAUCUAAAAUAUUGAGAUCGUGCCAGAAGACACUGAAUAAAUGAUUCAUCCUGCUAAUCAUAGCUUGGUGCGCACAUUUCUUAUGCAGUAUGUGUAGGGACAGGUUUUGCUUGAAUAUAGAGAGACAUUUAAUGACAUGCUUUAAAGUGCAGUAAGAUUUGUAAACAUGAUUAUGGAAUGAGUGGUGUAUAUUCUGAUGUACUUUUCCUGCUGCAAAUGUAUUUGAUAUUUCAUUUCACCUGAUGUUUAAUUUCAGUAGCUCUUUUGUUCAGAACCACCAGGUGAAGGAAAAUGCUGGAUGCUUUUGAAUGAUGUGGAGAUAUGAUCAAGUAAUAAUUUAAAUGAGAAAACAGAAGAGAACCGGUGUAAUGUUCCAAAAAAAAAUGCUUCACUGAUUUCAAUUUGAAUCAGGGGGUUUUAUUGAUAUUUUUGUGGUUACUAUUAAUAAUUGUAAUAUUAUAUUAAAAUGUACUGUGCAUCCAUCGAUUUCUCUCUUUCCAUUCCCUGUCACCACAUACAAUAUUUUGUUGAUCAUCCAUGCAUUUCAAUAGUAUGAAAAAAAGAAAAAGAAAAUCAACAAUUAACUUGUAACAGAGUGCUGUCUUUGAUACCAGUGUAGUGGUCUAUGCUCUUCUUUGUUGUACUCCCUUUCUCUGGCUUUUUCCUCUGCCUCCUUUCUCUGUCACACAUUAUUAGUUGUAGAUGUUAUGUGAUAAUACUUGUAGUUAUUAGUGGAUUUAUGACCAGUAAGGAUAGAACUUGCUCUUAUUAUCAAAGGUUUGACAUACAUUUGCAGACAGUUAUUUUAAUAGAAGUUCCAUGUCAUUUGUUUCAUGUAGGUCUUUUUUCCUUUUUAUUGUGUUUUACCAAUCUCAAAUGGUUUCAACUAACCAAAGCUCUCACAGAAGAACUAUAGAGAAACAAAUUGCUGUAAGAUGACAUUUUAAACAAGGCAUUAUUUGGAUAUUCCCCACCCUUGAAUGUUUUAAAAGGGGUGUGCCAUACUACCUUAAAUGCUAAUGCUAGAUAUGCAAAACUUGUUUUUUUAUUACUUUCUAAGAGGGACACAAGCUAUAAUUAAGAAAAAGAUUGUGCGGAAAGAAAUCGUAUUUUUUAGAACGUUUUAACAUAUUAAUGAUGAUAACAAUAAUUAUAAUACCACUACUAAUAAUAAUAAACUGUAAUAUCUUUUAAUGUUUGUACACUUUGAAAAUAUCCCAGAUGCCUAUAUGGCUCUGCUAUUUUUGGAUACCACUCUGUUUUUUAAACGUCUCUGCCUUUUGUUUCACUCCAAAAACAUCAAUUUUGUGAAUAUCAGCGCUUUAUUCUAAUCAAAGUCAGGCUUGUAUAUGUUGUCUGUUAAUGUUGCUCUCACAGAUCUAGACAGAUGUGCUCAGUACUUCACAACGGUUGCAAAUCAUUUUAGGUAAUCUACCUUCUAGAGGGGUCAUUUGAUGCCAUUACAUACUUGAAGCAAAGAUUACAUAGAAUUAAUCAUCCUAAUGACUGUUUCUUAACUUGUGAAGGUGGGCAACACGGCAUAAACUGGAGUUACCCCUGAAGAUUAUCUUCAUUUAGUUCACCUGUUGUUGAAUGUCUUCAUACAGUAGUUCAGUUGGUUAGUAAAACUGUAAUGUGUAUAGCAAGGGGGAGGACAAUGUCAAGUUUAAAAAAUAUCAUUUACAGGUGGGGAAGUGCAUGUAAGCUUAGAUAUUCAUGCAUUUUCUCACUUAUAAUAAUAAGCAGCACUUCUAGAUAGAUAUUUCGGCCUGGGAGCCUUUUGUAAAUGAUUUAGUUAAUUGGAGGACAGAGAAAGUCAAAUAUUGUAGGUGAAUUUAAUAAGACUAACAUAGGAGUUGAUAAUAAAGUAAAUAUUGGAUUCAUUCAUAUAUUUACUGUCCAUAACAUGUUCACAAAGAAAUGAAAUGUGUGUGGAAUUGGCAGGAUGAACAUCAGCAGUCCAGGCCCUACAUACAGAUCUGUAGCAGUUGGAUUGAAUAAAUAAGCUAUACAGUACUCAUGAUACAAUUGCAAUGCCUUGAGGUUCUUGUUCUAUAGUUCUCCUCCUUUGAUUAAAGUAAAGGCUGGUUAUCCAAUUAAAUAGCUCAUUCCCCUUUGAUCUGUGUUCAAAUAUGAUUUUGAUUUGAUCCCGUAGCUUGGACUUUAAGGUAGCAUGGCUCUGUUGCUGUCAUUUUAUUUUUCAUUGACAGCAGUUUACAGCUAAUGAAUGUUACACAUCUUACUAGAAUAGCAAAUCCAUUGAGAAAAAAAUUACAUGUUGGUUUAAGAAAAAAUCUGAAAGGAAAAAAAAUGGCCUGGAAGGUGUUGAUAUUUGGAGUGUACUACCGUAUCCAUUUAAACUUGAAUUUUGAGGCAAGUGCUAGGCAAUGGCCAAUCAUUUCAUCCCAUCAUCCAUGAAUCACCCGUGUUCAUUAGUCUGUGUACAUACAGUACAUACAUGUUCUGUUAUGUGUACACGUGUCUGCCCUGUAUAUCCUUCACGUGAACAUGUUUGACUAGAUGACAAUAGAGAGCCUUCUGUAUUCUAGACACAGCAAAACCCUAUCUCCCAUAGGUCUGUAUAACAUAGUAGCCAACACUGUUUUCAUCACUCGCUGUCAAAACAGUCAACGUUAUGGUGAGCUAGUGUGCUGUUUUGGCAUUGCAUUGUCUACAAAAUUCUAACUGGACCUUGUUCAGUGGUCUGGCAUAGGUGAUACAUUACAGAUUACUGUAGCAAUGAGUGAGCCAUCCUCUGGUUUCUUUUGGAUACUCUUAACGUGUGUGGAUCGGAGUGCACGGCUGCUAUUCCAAUCUGUAGUAAUGUAUGAGGAAAAGUGGGCAGUCUAUGACUACACAGCAUAUUGAGGCUAUUGUCCUUCCACGUAACAUCCACUGUUUUCCAGAGUGGAGGAGCAGCCAUCCACUGAGCUCUCCUCACAGAUUUGCUGUCUGCUCCUGAUUUGCCUUGCCCAUUUCUAACACUUGCCCAUUUUUUAACGUUAACAGACUUUUUACGGCGAGAGACUAACAGAACUGACUGACGUCUGAAAGCAUCUUUCAGGUCUUCUUGUAUGGCUUGCUCAAGCCCUGUUGUAAAAUAAACUAAAAUGGAUGGGGGUCUCUCACAUCUCAGAUGUGGAAAGUAUAAUUUUAUAUUUGUAUUUUCAAAUAAUAAUAAUGAUGAAAAAAAAAAUUGUGAAAGGUUUCCAUCCUCUACUGUGGUCCAGAAAUCGAUGUGUCUGUCUGGAAAAUAAAAUAAAAUACAAUGAACUGUU